CCUGCCACGACAACACGCAUACGCUACAUUCCUCGGUUCAGCAGCUCCCCCACCUGCACGCAGAUCAUUCGUGCAUGCGCAUUUCCAGACGACGAUACUAGCCGGGAGGCUCAACAGUCACCAUGGACACGAGCUACCUGGCCCAGCAAGUCACGACUAUCAUCGGCCAGCUGCAUGGCCUGUUUGAUGAGAUUGGCGUCGCCAGCCAUGAGCGCGACUCGCGCGAGGCCGAGCUUUUCUCGGCGCUGUCGGAGACUCUCCAUAGUCAGCUUAAGCAGACGACCAACGAGAAGCAUGAGAUGACAGAGGAGGCCGAACGCCUGAUCAGGACAAUCCGCCAAAUGGAAGCUUCACUGGAUGACAACAAGCCCAAUCCGAAUUACGAGCCUGGCGACGGCCUCGAGGUUACCUACCCCCUGACGAGGUGCCUCAAGGAGCUGAAGGAAAAGUACAGCGCCGUUAGCAAGCUCCACCGCGAGCGCUUCGAGCAAGUGCGGAAACUCGCUGAAGCCCUCGAAUCAUACGCGUCGCACUUGGACAGAGACUUUGUGCAAGUCAAGCUGCCUCCCACCGCGCCAAACGCCGCCAUCUCGCCGUCUUUCGACAUCUCGCCGUCAUAUGUCUCCUCCCUCGAUCGCGAGUUCUCGCGUGUGUACGAAGAGUACAAUCGCCGCUUGAACACUGUCCAGACGUUGUGCCAGGAAAUGAUCCAACUUUGGGCAGAGCUGGGCACGCCCCAGGCACAGACAGACACCUCCGUGGUUAAGUACCACCGCGAGGCUCCCGAGCAGCUCGGCCUGCACAACCAAGACAUCGCCGAGCUCAAGGCCAAGAAGGAGCGACUGGUCGAGGAGAAGCGCGCCCGCGAGCGACGACUUGGGCAGUUGCGCUCUACUAUUGAGGACCUGUGGGACCGCCUCAACAUCGAUCAGGCAGAGCGCAAGCAGUUCCUAGCCAGCAAUCGCGGCUGCGGUCUGCGAGCGAUCAACGAAUUCGAGGACGAGCUCUCGCGCCUAAACGAGCUGAAGCGCCAGAAUUUGCACAUCUUCGUCGAGGAAGCGCGAGUGAAGCUGCAAGAGCUCUGGGACUCGCUAUACUUCUCUGAGGAGGAGAUGCUUGACUUCACGCCUGCCUUCUCCGACGUCUGCACUGACGCGCUUCUUUCCUCACACGAGGCCGAAAUCGCCCGCCUGGAAGCACUAAAAGAACAACGGCUGCCGAUACUUCGCAAGAUCGACAGGCAUCGGGAGCUUAUCAAGGAGCGCGAGGACCUGGCGCAGUCAAGUCAGGACGCCUCGCGUCUGAUGGCAAAGGGCCAAAAAGGCGAGAGGCGCGAUCCUGGAAAGCUGCUACGAGAAGAGAAGAUGCGGAAACGCAUCGCCAAAGAGCUGCCCAAGAUCGAAGCUGAACUGAAGGCGACGCUCGAAGCAUUUGAGGACGAGUAUGGCCGGCCCUUCCUGGUCCUCGGCGAGCGCUAUCUGGAUGAGCUCUAUGCCUGUGCUCAGAAAGCUCCGCCGCCACGAUCAAAGACUCCAUCAGCAGCACCUAUGCCCACCAAAGGACACUCAAAAUCCCAAUCCAUCAAUUCAGUGAGUCGGCCUGCGAGUGUUCGUGGCCCGCCACCACCUACACGGGCUAAGACGCCGGCAUCGAAUUUCAGCCAGAGCACUAUGGGACGCCAUCCGUUCGCAAGCUCGACGAUGUCAUCAGCCACAGGGCCGAAGAGUCCCUCUAAGAUUCCAGCUCGUGCACCUUUGAAGACCAUGCCGCAUGGUGGUAAUUCACCAGAGCGCAGGAUGGCUCCACCGUCUCGCGAAGACCUCAGGGAAUCAACGAUUCGAAAGAUGCCUCCGCCAAUGGCGCCUCCACCACGAAUGAAGGACUUGUUCAUCCCUCCCGAGCCAGUGGCAACACCUUCGAAUCGGUUCGACUUCAACCGUGGCGAGCGCAGCGAAAGCAUCGUACGUCACGUUCCCCCGGAAGAUACUUUCGACGACCGCUCCUACCUGUCGCAGACUAUGCGCUCGAACUACACGCCUCAGUAUAUUCCCCCGAGCAGACAAAUAUCGCAGACGUCGUCGACAGGAACGGGUGCUACCAUGCAGUCUGGCUCUGAGAACUGGGAGACGUUCAGCGAGCAAUCAGACGAUCCUCCGGAGCGCGACGUCGACCUUUAUUACCACCGUCAGCAAAUGGCACGAAGCAAACGCUUCACUCCCGAAGGUGGACAUGCCGCGUCACCCCGCGGGAUAAACGGCAAGAAACUGCGAGGCAUUCGUCCAGUAGACGGGCCCACCUAUAUGCUCGAAGAUGGCGGUCAGAUGGUGCGCGCAGUCGAAGGCAGCGAAUGUGGAUGGACCGACGACGGCGACGCGUACUAGGAGAACAGCAAGUCUUCCGAAGCUUUAGCCUCUCUCCAGGUCAGAGG